CAGAUCAGGGAAGGAGGGUGGGGGCACAUUAACUGGCUCUGGAGGAGUGUUUGGAAGUCAAUAAGUGCCUGAAGACCUGCUAAUUCCGCCUGGGGAGAAGUCCUGGUCAGCCCUUGCCUGGCUUGCCUGGUGUAACUGCAGGAACUCACUUCUCAGCCCUACGAGCUGCUUUUCGUACAGGAACUGCAGGCUGCCCCAUCCCCCGGCUCCUGCCCACAGGAAGUUCCCCAUUGCUGGGAACAUGGACAUCAGAGAAUACUUUGAAAGGAUUGGCUAUAAUCAUUCCAGUAAGAAGCCGGAUUUGGAGACUUUAACUGAAGUGAUGUACCAUACUAUCCAAGCUGUGCCUUUUGAGAACUUGGACAUUCACUGUGGAGUACCCAUAGAACUGAGCUUAGAGGCUAUAUAUGACAAGAUUGUGAGGAGGAAGAGGGGUGGGUGGUGUCUAGAAAUCAAUCACCUUCUCUUUUGGGUCUUGACCACAAUGGGCUAUGAGACUACAAUUUUAGGGGGAUAUGUUUAUAGUACCGUAAGCAGGCAGUAUAGCACCAUGAUUCACCUGCUUCUAAAGGUCACAAUAGGUGAGAGAGCCUAUAUAGCGGAUGGUGCAUUUGGCAGGUCUCAUCAAAUAUGGCAGCCAAUGGAACUGGUUUCUGGAAAGGAUCAACCUCAGACUCCAUGCAUCUUCCGCUUGAAAGAAGACAAUGGAAUCUGGUACUUGGACCAAAUAAGACGGAAACAAUUCAUUCCAAACCCAGAAUUUGAAAACUCUGAUCUCUUGGAAAAAAAUGAAUUCCGUCAUAUCUACUCUUUUACUCUCCAGCCACGAACAAUAGAAGAAUUUGAAUCUGCAAAUACCUACCUUCAGACUUCUCCUAAGUCUGUGUUUACAAGCAAGUCUUUCUGUUCUCUGCAGACGGUAGAUGGAGUUUACUGUUUAGUUGGCUGGACUCUUACUCACAGAAGAUUCAAUUACAAGGAAAACAUGGAUUUGGUGGAGUUUAAGAUUCUGGAGUAUGAAGAUAUUGAGAAGAUCCUGAAGGAUAUAUUCAACAUCUCCCUAGAGAAAAAGCUUGUCCCAAAGCAUGGUGAUAGAUUUUUUACCAUUUAGUAAGGGAAAAAUCUAUAGUGCUGCAGUUAGGGUGAGGAAAUAGAUGCGCCAUGACAAUGAGGUUUUCAAAACAUUUUGUUGAUAACUUUUGUAUGUUAUAUUUUGAGGUUAAAAAACACUUUACAACAAAAAAAAAAACAAAAAACACUUCCCUAACUUGACUUCCACAGAAAUAUUUCCCCAAAACAGUUAGGUAAAACUGCCUACUAGAGUAGCAUUGAGGUUUCAGAAACCUCAUUACCAAAAGUAUAUCGGAAAAAUUUUUAGUCCCUGGAAUGUCAGAGCCUUUAAUUACUAAUUCCUGAAAUUUAGAUGGAGAGGAGAAUCAUAUAAUUUGAGAGUCAGAAGGAAUCUCACUGGCCAUUUAGCCUAACCCAUAUAUGAAAAGAAUCUCUAUUAUAACAUAUCUGACAGUAGUCCAAUCUCUGCUUGAAGACCUCCAAGGAUAGGGUAACUACCAACUCUUAGCUCAUUCUACUAUUGGACCCCUGAAGGGUCCAGUCAGGAGAGGAGAGUGCCAGUCGCACAUUCAAGUAGAGAUGUCUGUUAGGCAGUUGGAAAAAGGGAGAAAAGUAGCAGGGUUGGUAUUUGAACUGACUUUGAUGAGGUAUAGGCUCUGGAAACCCCACUGAACUCUCCUUGAACUUUGCCACAAGGUCAAGUCUCUGGCAUUCACCUGAGGCUAUCAACUGGCCUUUCAUAGUAGCCUACCCCCAGUCUCCCUCCAUUCUGGGUUACCUCUGGAUUGCCUCUGGCUACUUCCCACCCUUGAGCCUAUCUAGACCCCCUUCCCGUCAAGAUCCUCCCUGGACCCCUCCUCCAGUCACCCCAGGCUGCGUGGCCACUCCUAGAUCUUUCCCACAGUCUUU